AUGACAAAGAUCGCCUUCAUACAUCCUGAUUUAGGAAUUGGUGGUGCUGAGCGUCUAGUAGUAGAUGCUGCAGUGGGACUCCAAUCCAAUGGCCAUGAAGUGACCGUGUUCACUUCCCAUUGUGACAAAUCCCACUGCUUUGAGGAAGUCAGCAGCGGCGUCUUGAAAGUCAAGGUUCUCGGAGACUUCCUACCUAUAUCGGUCAUGGGAAAAUUGCAUAUUUUGUGUGCUAUUCUCAGGCAGUUUUACCUUGUGAUCUGUUUGAUCUGGACAGGUCAAAUCAACCAGUUUGAUUAUUUCAUCGUGGACCAAUUGUCAUUCUGUGUGCCCUUUUUGAGCUUGUUCAGUAGAAAAGAUACAAAAGUGCUCUUUUACUGUCAUUUCCCAGAUCUUCUUCUCUCUAAACAGACAAGUUUCAUCAAAAGCCUUUAUCGUAAGCCAUUCGACGCGAUCGAAGAAUGGACAACAGGAACAAGUGACAAUAUCGUGGUCAAUUCUAGUUUCACAAGAUCUAUUUUUCAUCAAACAUUUACCAGUUUAUCAUCAAUCGAGCCUGGAAUCAUCUACCCUUGUGUUGACACCGAGGCUCCACAGGAGGACAACUCUGAUGCCGAAAAGGAGUUACUGGAUUUCAUGAAGGGCCGCAAAUUUGUCUUGUCGAUCAAUCGUUUUGAGCGUUUAAAAAAUAUUGGUCUCGCAAUUAAAGCUUUCGCAGAUGCUCUCAACAGUUUUAAAGAGAACGAGAAGCCAUUGUUGAUCGUUGCUGGGGGGUACGAUCCUCGGGUUCGCGAGAAUGUAGAGUAUUUGCAAGAGCUUGAACGCUUAUGCGAGCAGUUGAAGCUCGUUCAUUAUACUUUCCGGGGAAAGCUAGUCCUCAUGCCCGGCAAAACACAAGUUCUCUUCAUGCCAUCUGUGAAGACUUCCAUUAAGAAUGCUGCAUUGAAAAAGGCCGAGCUAUUACUUUACACUCCAACUUUCGAGCAUUUUGGUAUUGUUCCCGUCGAGAGUAUGCUCAACAAAACACCUGUCUUAGCUAUCAACAGAGGUGGACCACUUGAAUCCAUAGUGAAUUACGAUGGCUCGAAUUUGAAUGAAGCUACAGGUUAUAAUCGUCUAAAUGAGGUUAAAGAAUGGUCAGAUGUACUCACAGCUCACAUUCUAGAACUUGAUUCUCAGUCGAAGGAAACCAUGGGCAAUAAUGGCCUUGACAGAGUCCACAAACUAUUCAGCAGAGAGAAGAUGACUGAAGCCUUCGAGCACGAAUUAAAAGCUUGCAAGCUGAGAACGAGAAGUAAGGGCCUUAUUUACCAAGUAUGCGAGUUGUGGAAACUUUGGGUUCUUUCGCUUUCAUUAUUGGUCAUUGCAAUCGUGUAUUAUUAA